AUGCAUUCAUUUUUUUUUACAAGUGAACUACAGGAAUUAUCUUCUUCAUCUUCUUCAAAUAAACAACUACGAGAAAAAAUUCAUUCAUCUUCAUCAGAAUAUUCUCUAUUUAUUUCUUCAUCAUCAAAUACACCAGUUUCAAAUAUUACUGAUAUCAGUCGUUCAUCUGAUGAAUUGCUCACACAACCAAAACUUGAUUCUUAUCCAUUAAAUAAAGAAAAAAGAUCUUUUCGUAGUCAAUGGUUUUCACAAUUUAGUUGGUUAGAAUAUUCAGAACAAACAGAUUCAGUCUAUUGUUAUUGUUGCAGGUACUUUGGUACUGGAAUAAAUUUAAAUAAUCGAUUAAUCAAUUUUUGUCUAAUACAGGGUGGCCCAAAAGUCACGCACCAAACAAAAAAUUGAAUAUCUCCAUUGGGGCUGGAGCAAAUGAGCUGAUUUUUUCGUCAAUGAUAGAGACAUGUUUAAGCUUUAUAUCCGCAUGGACAUGUCUAGACAGACCCUCUAUCAAGUAACCAUAUUCACUUUAAGAAAAGAAAUUUACUUUUCAUAUAUCAAAAAAAAUCAAUAUACUAUAAAGAAAUUACAUUUUAUUCAGAAAAAAUGUAAUCGGUUAACUGAACUUGCAAAUAGCACGUGUUGUAUGUUCAUAUAUAUUCUCUUUUCAUAUUUUCUCCUUCUGUUCUCCUAUAACUCACGUUGAUAUCUUACACGAUCCACGUUUUCUAUCAUAUUUUAUUUUGAACUCGUAUGUACCCAUGUCCUUUGAAUCGGCUAAAAAUUGCCGAUUAAUCCCGAUUCAUCGAAACGAUAAUCGUGAGCUGAAUCGCGAUAGAAUCGCCGAUUAUUCCCGAUUAUUUCAGCGAUUUUUACGAUAAAUCGUGAUUUUAUGCAAGAUUUAACCGUCUGUUUACUGAUAUUUUCUACUAUUUCAUCGGUUCUUUUGAAGACACAUAUUUGGAUUUUUUCUUGAAAUUAAUUCAAUUUUUUUUUGUUCUCAAGAUCCAAGCCGAUAAGAUUGUGCUAUCUGUCCGAUCUCGAGCUGGUCCGAUUCUUAUCAGACCGCUUCAGUGUAGUCCUCUCCAGAUCAUGGAUCGGGAUUGGCAUUUCCUUGAUUAAAAAUAACCAAGAAAUAAUUUAUCAGAAAAGUAUAUUUCGAAAACGUAUUUGUUAGGCAUUGAACGGCGUUGUUUAUAUAUCCGUGUGUGUUCAUAACAAAACGGUGAAUGAAUAAUUGUCAUGAUUUAUCAAUGAUUUAUGUAAGGGAAGUUAGCGCCAUAUUCGAGUUUUUUGCGAAACGAUUUGUCCCAUCAAUUGUGCCACUUAGGAAAUCUAGUGUGCCAGAUAGAACUCGUCGAGCUCUAUCUAAAGGUAUAUUCAGAAAUUGCGAACACACGAAAACAAGAGAAAUAAGCAUCAAUAUAUGAUUUAUCACCAUUGGACAAAAUACUCACAUUUCAUAUUUCCAAAAAUUAUUCACUACCUCACGUGUGCCAGUGGUAAAAAUCAUAUCAUUAGAUGCAGCUCGAUGAGUUCUAUCUGAUGAUGGCUUGAAAUAGCUUAUUUUCAAAACUCUUGAGCCCAAAGUCCCAAAAAACCUGUCAAAAUCGGGAAUUUACUAGUAUUUUGUCUGACGAUUCGUCUGAUUUUGUGUGCCAACGAUAAAAUCUGGUGAAUUCGAUGUAGAUUAACGAGCUCUAUCGAUUGAUAUGCUACUUGAUAUAUAUUAAAGUACUAAACGAGGAAUGAUACUCUCAAGUUUAGUCAUGGUACAUUGAUCAUGUAUGUUCUCUUUCUUAGAUUCGAUCCCAUACAUGUGCCACUGGAAAACAUUAUGCAAGUCGAUGUAAUAUAUUAAGACCUAUCGAUUGACGUAUAAUUUUGUAUAAAAAAUAAGAAUACAUGCGAGAUAGUCCUGAAAAGAUGCUGAUGUUACACAAUAAUUAAAUCUUUUGUUUUGUUUGACAAUUCACUAGAGUAUAUGUGCCAAGAAACAUUAAUAUAUCAAUCGAUGGAGCUUGGUAAGCUCUAUCGAAUCGUGUACCAUGUGUGAUGAUUGACAUGAGCAUACGAAGAAAAAUUCGAAAAAUAUUAAUUAUUACUCAUAAAAAAUUAUUAUUUCACUGAUCGAU